CUAUAUCCUCUUAAUUUUAUUGUUAUCUAGUGUUGUCAUACUAUUUUGGUUUUUAACUUAUAAUAACAUAUUUGUCAAUUUCAAUACAUGUUUAGAGUUGGGUGAAGUCUGUAAAGAGGUUGGCCUUCCUCCUGGUGCCCUUAACAUUCUAACAGGGUUGGGACAAGAAGCAGGUGCUCCUUUGGUGUCUCAUCCUCAUGUUGACAAGAUUGCAUUUACAGGCAGUAAUGCCACAGGGCUUAAAAUCAUGACUGCUGCAGCCCAGCUUGUCAAGCCUGUAACACUUGCGCUUGGUGGAAAAAGCCCUAUAGUUAUAUUUGAGGAUUUUAGUGACCUUGAUAAAGGAAACUGUGACCAACUUGAAGCAAACACAACCUCAAGUGGCAGAAUCAGCAAUGUGGUUGGAGGCCACUGGUGGUGUAAGGAAAGGGGGGUACGUUCAGGAUUUGGGUCGGAUAUCGCACACUACUUCCCCGAGGCUAUGAUACACAGGAAAUCCAAUAUUGGGUCAUCAACUUCACAUUCAUCUUGCGAAGCUCGAAUUAAGCAAUUAGAGGAGCAAAAUCAAGUGAUGCAACAGCAGCAACAAGAUAUGCAUGAGGAAAAUCGGAGGAUCUGUGAUAUCGUUCAGAAAAUGGAAGCAACACUUGCCCACUUUAGUGCAAAUCUUGGUAGUCUUGAUCAAGAUCCAAACAAAAAUAGCUCCAAUGAUGAUACACUAGCCCCCUCUAGUCAAGAUUAGAUAGCAUAUUAUUUGAAUGAUUUGAAAA